CGCCCGCCUCUUGAGCUGUCGCGAAGCGCGCCGCCCAGCGAAGAUGGCGGCCGAGCUGCAUCCCCGCAGCGGAAAGCUCAUCGGCCUGUCGAACUCGAACCGAACGGCGCAGCGCAACCAGCCCGUGCAGGAGUUCAACCACGGGCUCGUGCUGAGCCGCGAGCCGCUGCGGGACCGCGAUGUGUUCACGGUGCGAAUCGACAAGAAGGUCAACUCGUGGAGCGGCUCCAUCGAGAUCGGUGUGACAGCACUUGACCCGGCAGCCUUGGACUUCCCAAGCAGCGCCACGGGCCUCAAGGGCGGCUCUUGGAUCGUGUCGGGCUGCUCUGUGCUCAUGGACGGUCGCUCUGUGCUGGAGGAGUAUGGUCGCGACCUGGACCAGCUGGCCGAGGGCGACUGCGUCGGCAUCCAGAGGAACAGCCAGGGCGAGCUGCACCUGUGGGUCAACGGCCAGGACUGCGGCGCAGCCGCCAGCGGCCUCCCCGCCCGCCUUUGGGCCGUCGUGGACCUCUACGGCAAGUGCACGCAGAUCACGGUAGUCAGCUGCGAGCCGCCGCCCCCCGGGACCGAAGCUGAGGGGCCGUGUGAAGAGGAGCCCUCCAGGACCCACGGCGAGGACAUGGCGAGCGGAGCAGCGGCCAUACAGCCUGCGGUGGUCAACGGCACCGUGGACGAAGUGCCUGAGCUCCCCGUCAGCCAGAACCGACCCGACAAGUUCCCCAACACGCUGGAACCUGAGGCAGCGCUCACGGAGCAGCAGCUCUUCGACGUCUUCAACAACGCCAUCGUGUCCCUGUACCGCGCCGAGGACGACGGUGCCGGGGACGCAGGGGGCGCUCUCUCUGAUGUGUCCACCAGGGGGUGCGUGGGGGGGAUGAGCAGCAGCGGCGUGCUUGCGGGCAGCAGUGACUUGGCGAGUAGCGGCGGGGGCGCCGGCGACAGCUCCGGCAGCAGUCCGGCCGGAGGGGGCGGGGCCACGCUGGGGCCCGCGCUCGCCUCCGGGGGCGUGACCACCAACGACGCGCUGCUCUUCCACGAGAAAUGCGGCACCCUCAUCAAGCUGAGCAACAACAACAAGACGGCGGAGCGGCGCCGACCGCUGGACGAGUUCAACAAUGGCGUGGUGAUGACCAACCGGCCGCUGCGGCACAACGAGAUGUUUGAGAUUCGCAUCGACAAGCUGGUGGACAAGUGGUCGGGGUCCAUCGAGAUCGGCGUGACCACACACAACCCCAACAACCUGGACUACCCAGCCACCAUGACCAACCUCCGCUCGGGCACUAUCAUGAUGAGCGGCUGCGGCAUUCUGACCAACGGAAAGGGCACCAGGAGGGAGUACUGUGAGUUCAGUCUGGAUGAGCUGCAGGAGGGCGACCACAUCGGGCUGAUGCGCAAGUCCAGCGGAGCCCUUCAUUUCUACAUCAACGGCAUCGACCAGGGCGUGGCCGCUUCCCAGACUCCCGCCGUGGUGUACGGCGUCGUGGACCUGUACGGCAUGGCCGUCAAAGUCACCAUCGUGCACAAUCACAACCACAGCGACCGGCUGCGGCGGAACAACGCCAUCAUGAGGGCGCUCUCCCCCGACGUGGGCCGCCCUCGGCCCGCCCUUUCGCUGACCCCGGACCCCGAGGUGCCCGACCGCCUGCUCUUCCACCCCAACUGCGGACAGAAGGCGGCUAUAAUCGGCGACGGCCGGACGGCUCUGCGGCCGCACGCCACCGACGACUUCAACCACGGCGUGGUCCUGAGUAGCCGCCCUCUGCGCUCCAACGAGGUGUUCCAGGUGCGCAUCGACAAGAUGGUGGACAAAUGGGCGGGGUCCAUAGAGAUCGGCGUGACGACGCACAACCCCGCUUACCUGCAGCUGCCCUCCACCAUGACCAACCUCCGCUCUGGCACCUGGAUGAUGACGGGGAACGGCGUCAUGCACAACGGGACCACCAUCCUGGACGAGUACGGCCACAACCUGGACCGGCUAAAGGCAGGCGACACGGUCGGGGUGGUGCGCAAAGACGAUGGCAGCCUGCACUUCUUUGUGAACGGGGUGCCCCAGGGGCCGGCUGCGUGGAACGUGCCGCCCAGCGUCUACGCCGUGGUGGACCUGUACGGUCAGGCAGCCCAGGCCACCAUCAUGGAUGACAUGGCUGACCUCCCCCCGCUGCCAGAUGACAGCUCGGAGGGGCCCGCAGCCACGUCCCCCAGCAGCCCCUGCUCGGUGGGUGGGGCCAGUGCUGUCAACGACCUGCGCUUCCACCAGCUCCACGGCACCAAUGCUGUCAUCACCAACGGGGGGCGCACCGCCCUGAGACAGAACUGCCGCAGCGAGUUCAACGAUGCCAUUGUCAUCUCCAACAGAUGCCUUCGAGAUGGCGAGUUGUUUGAGAUUGUCAUUCAGAAGAUGGUGGACCGCUGGUCAGGGUCUAUAGAAGCAGGUGUGACUGCAAUCCGGCCGGAAGAGCUGGAGUUUCCCAACACCAUGACGGACAUAGACUAUGAUACCUGGAUGCUCAGCGGCACAGCAAUCAUGCAGGAUGGAAACACCAUGCGCAACAACUACGGCUGCGAUCUGGACUCGCUCACCACGGGUUCCCGCAUCGGCAUGAUGCGCACGGCCAGCGGGGACCUGCACUACUACAUCAAUGGGGUGGACCAGGGCAUGGCUUGUGCCGGCCUGCCGCCAGAGGUGUACGCAGUCAUCGACCUGUAUGGCCAGUGUGUCCAGGUGUCCAUCACCAGUUCGUCGGGACCGCUGGACAACAGCCUGUGUACGAGCAACAUCACAGAGAAGAGCUUUCCCAUUCAGUCCCCAGUGGCUGGGGUCGCUCACCGCCUGCACAGUAAACAUGGCAAGAAUGUUGUGCUGCUUGGGGAGGGCAGCCAGGCAGUGAGGAUGGGAGGAUACACACAUGGCAUCGUCUUCAGCGCCAAGGAGCUCAAGACCGACGAGCUCUUUGAGGUGAAGAUAGACGAGGUGGACGAGCAGUGGUCCGGCUCCCUCCACGUGGGCCUGACCACACUGCCGCCUGCGGAGCUGCCCUCCUGCCCCACGGGGGCGCUCUGCCCCUCGCUGCCCCAGCUGCGCGGUCGUGUCACCUGGCUCCUGGCCGGGACCGAGGUGAGGCGUAACGGCGUGCUGCAGAGGCAGAACUACGGCUGCUCGCUGGACCGGCUGAUGGUGGGGAACCGCGUGGGUGUCAAACGCUGCAGCGACGACACCAUGCAUAUCUUCAUUGACGGAGAGGACAUGGGUCCAGCAGCCACUGCUGUAGCCAAGAACGUGUACGCCGUGUUAGACCUGUACGGGCGCGUCACGGCCAUGUCCAUCGUGAGCUCCACGGUGCUGGAGGACACGGAGAGCAGCAAGGCGCCCUCGCUCUCCUCUGACAGCUGCAGUGAGGGCGAGGAGGAGCACAGCCUGUGUGAAAACGAGGCGGCUCCGGUGCCCACGGUCAUGACAUUCCUGGAGAACCAUGGCAAGAACAUCCAGCUGUCUAAUCAGAACCUGACGGCAUCACGUGUGUCCAGUUACAACCAGGGCCUCCUGGUCACUGUGCAACCCCUUCCGCGCCAGCAGCUCUUCCAGUUCCAGAUUGACCGCCUGAACCUCUCCUGGACCUCGUCCCUUUCCCUGGGCGUCAUCGGCCACUCGCCCGACCGCCUCAACUUCCCCUCAACCGCUUGCUGCCUGAAGCGCUCUGCCUGGCUGCUGCAGCGUGACUCUGUCUUCCACAACUCGCUCAAGAUUUGUGAGAACUAUGGACCCAACCUGGACACGUGUCCUGAAGGCACCAUUUUGGGACUGCUGGUGGACGCCAACGGCUGCUUGCACCUCUAUGUGAACGGGAUAGACCAGGGUGUGGCGGCGCAGGACAUCCCCAACCCCUGCUACCCCCUCAUCGACCUGUAUGGCCAGUGCGAGCAGGUUACCAUAGUGACGAACGACGUGCCAGCAGUGGCGAGGAAGGGCCGAGAGUCCUGUUGUCAGGGUGACAUGGAGAAGGCCGACAUGGUUGAUGGGAUCAAGGAGAGUGUGUGCUGGACUCCCCCGCCGGAGGUGAAUCCCAACAAGACGUGCGAGUACCAGGCUUUGUGUUCCCGCUUCAAGGACCUGCUCACUCUGCCAGAUGGCUAUUUCAACGAGGACGCCAAGUUCAACCUGUGUUACUGCGAGUCCUGCCACAAGCUGCGUGGAGAUGAGCCCUAUUACAAGCGUGGCGAGCCCCCCCGCGACUACGCCCUCCCCUUUGGCUGGUGCCGCUUUGCUCUCAGGAUCAAGCCCCACUGUGAGGUGGCCAACGGGUACAAGAAGUGGCACAUGGCCUACCACGGCACAAGCGUCGGUUCCCUGAGGAGGAUUCUGGACCACAACCAGAUACUCUCAGGGCCUUCGUCCAUCUUCUCAGUGGCCCAGGUGAAGGUGGAGGGUCAGAACGGCUACAGCGAACCAGAGGAGAACAGCGCUCCCGAGAGGGAGGUGCCGAAGGUGCAGCUGUCGCCUACCAUGCGCUACUCUGGCCUGGAGGCCUUCGCCCCCAAAGUGCAAUUCCGGGACCCUCGCUCUCAGCGCUAUUACCACGCCCAGGUAGCUUUCCAGGUGUGUGUGCGGCCUGGCUCCUACAAGGUGGGUCCUCAGAGUUUGGGUGCGAGCGAGGCGCUGGACCCCCGCUUCAGCAACGCCGAGAUGGAGUGGAUCACCAAGGAGAAGGGCGGCAUCCUGCUCUACGGGCUGCUUAUCCGAGUGGAGUGAGGGCCGGGGGGGUAAAUCUGAGUCCGGUCGGUCACCUCAGAUGGCAACUAAACGGCAUCCCUCCUCGCGCAGCCACCCCCCGCCCCCCGCCCCAUCGUGACUCGCCUCGGACUUGUUUCACGUGGAGGAUCGGAGGAUGAACAAACACCUUUUUCAUUGACGUUUUUUUUUUUUUUGUUUGAGAGGGUGGGUUCGGUUCGGAGAAGAGACAAACUGCCUGCACUUUACGUUUUGAAUACGAGUGGGCGAUUUUUAAACUUUCCAUGGAUUUAAUGGUCACUGCUCUCUCUCUCUCGCUCUCUCUCUCGCUCACUCCUUCCCGUGCCUCUGAACAGUCUGCCUGCCUCUGCUCCCUUUUGUUCGCUGUACGCAGACGACGGGCGGUCGGGGGGGGCGUGGCGUUUGGACAGGGAUGAAAACCAAUCACCUUCAGGUUCUCUCGCGCAGCAGUCCGAUUGAUGUUUUUUCUCAAACCGUCGAACGAAGAGAUGAGCUUGUGGGAAGGAGCUGGGGUUGACUCCUUUGUGCCUGCAGCUGGGGGACACGGAACCAGAAGGACAUGAGACACGCUGACGGAGGACAGCCCGUCCACUUCUCUCCCUCACCCUGCUUCUCACACACUUCUGUGCGUCACCUUUCCUUUAGUGCCCCCUUCUGGUGAGCACUUCCUGAAGCGCAAGGACGUGUCUCUCGCCUGCGGGUAAAGGGAGCUGGAAAGGCUCUUCUCCAAGAAACGGUGCUCAGUGAAGGUCAACUGAUCCCUUGGCAGAAGGCGCUGGUGCCACCAGGAUUGCGAGACGCAGCAGAGCAGAUCUCCUCUAGGACGGAUCGCCACGCGCUCUGAGGAUCUUUUCGGCGCCCGCUGCCGCCCCCGUCUGUUUGAAGCACACCCCCUCGGUGCUGACAUGGUGGCACCUGCGUGUCUAUGGAUUUGGGGAAGGUGUGGAUGGUGACUGUGUUUGCAGGAGCACCUUUGGCUCUUCUGGCUCCACCCGGAGCUUCUCGUCCUUUUCGCCAGGUGAUGUUUACACUGCGGCCUGGACCUCCUCCCCGAGAGAGAGAGAGAGAGAGAGAAAGAAAGUUGUAGUUCCGUAAAACUGUCCAGGCACAAAGUUGUUGCAAGGCAUGUUGGGAAAUGGUCUGAAUGGUGACCCUGUGCCUGGAGUCGGUGGGACGGUUAUAGUUUAUUCUCCUGCAGUGGAAGUGCGUGCACUGACAGGUGACUUGAAGAGAUCUUUCCAACUCCAAAAAGCUCAUAUCUUAGGGUUGUGCAACUACUCAUUCGCCUUCAUCUCCAAAGCAUAUCUGCCGUGUAAAGCAGCACUUUUGCGUUUCGUUUCAUUUCGUUUCUGUUGCCAAGUUGAUAUACAUGAGUAAAUGUAUGUUCGCAGGUAGAUUCCCGUAGCCUCGCCAGGGCCGUGUGGGUUCUAACGCUUCCUUCGUGCUGUCGGAGGAGGCCUCGCGGAUCGAUGCUGCUGUUCCGUGGCUCCAGGGGAGACCAAUAAACAGGACGUGUUUGCAAUGUCUCAUCGAAAAUGUGAAGAAAUGGGCUUAUUAUUUAAGUGUGGCACAGCUUUUUUAAUCAAUGUUUCUUUUCUGUCUGUUGUGCUGUACAGACUGUUACACAACAUGAACCAUAUCGCCCUGGUUUGUAAAGAACAAAGAACGUAUGCACAGUGUA